AUGUUCCGACAAAUUUCGGAGGAGCUAAUUGAUGACUUCUGUCGUUGUGGGAAGCCUACUGUGCGAAAGACGUCAUGGGCUGAUGGUAAUGCGGGGCGGAGGUACUCAGCGUGCGAAAAGUACCGGAUGUUGGAUGGGUGCACAUACCAUGUUUGGGUUGACCCUCCAAUGUGUUACAGAGCACAACAACUCAUUCCCGGGCUUCUGAAACGGGCCAAAAAGUUGGAAGAAGAUAUUGCUAGAAGGAANAAAUUGUUUCUGUCAACUCCAUGUAAAGAAAUUGUGCUGUCAACAAUUCAUGGACAGAUGGAGAGAGAGGCAUUCCCAAGUACACGACUCGCUCUGCUAAGAGGACCGACGCUAAAUCUGGAAGAGGUUGAUCCUCCGCGCUUCCCAUUUCGAAAGGAAUCACCUGUUAAACACAAGAUGCAGCAACUCAACACUGAUAACAACACUUCACACCCCUAG